AUGUGGGCUGGUUCCGGCACGACAGACGCGGUUCAAAUAUUCAAAAGUAGCAUCGGGGCAAUCACCCGCCAGCGAAGGCGUGGGUGGCUCUGCCUGGCCGAUCCCACCCGGAAAGCCGGCCUGCCACGUGUCCUCCAGGAAGCACAGGACUCCGGGGACCAGGCAAGCCGGGGAGGGGCGGCGGAAAAGCCAGGCACCGGGCUUCGCCGGGAGCCGGAGGGCGCGCGAGCGCGGCUCCACCGGGUGGUUUGCUCCCCUGGCCCAGCUGGGAGCACGGGACAGCGCGCGGAGGACGGACUCUGGACGGAGCCGCACAACAGCGACAGGUGGGCGCGGGCCGGAGCCCGAGGUUGGCCGGCUGCGCGCGGGCCGCACCUUGCGGCCCUUCCGGGACGCCGUAGCCCCGCCCCCUCGGCGCGUGGCGCUCCUGACGCGAGGCGCGCGGGCCGCUCUGCUUACAGAGGUCGCGCUGGUCCGAACGGUCGGCCUCUGUGCGCCUGCGUGGUCGGGAGGGGAAGUGAGGCGGUUGCCUCCGCGCCUUUUCCGGCAGAGGCGGCGGCAGAGCUGGGAGGAGGAGGUGGAGGCCGGAGCGAGCGCGCGUUCGGGGCGGCGGCUGGAGGUAACCCCCGCGGGCCGCGCUGGAACGGCGGGUGGCCGCGGCCUC